UGAUCUAAAUGCUUACGUAAUGUUGCCACGCGAAAGUGCGACAUUAUCCCACCAAUACUCCGGAGCAGUGGAGGUUACUAUCUUGCCACACUCAGUCGGCCUUUCCCUAGGCGCCGUGAAGGCAGCCAUGGCAAAUCUGAAACGGUACGCGCCCUCAAUAAUCUAUUUUAUUAUUCCCCUUCAUCAAUACUGCAGCUAUUUUACAUACGCAGCUGUGGAUUCAACUACAUCUCCCACUACGAUCGGCGCUGCCGAUGCACUCGGGCCGUUUCUCACCAGAGAUUAGAGUUGGAGACGCGUUCAGGUCCCAUAGGUGGAUUGCAAUAUCGAUUGCUAGCUAAAAGUGUUUCAGAGUGGAGCCGGGGAGGUGACGCCUUGUGGAGGAAUCUGAUAAAAUAAAAAGUUGUAUUAGUAAAUCCAAGCUGCUACACCGGCUCACCGUCAACUUUGGCUGCAGGAGGGCACCGUAAAAACAAACGAACAGGGACAUGAAGACUCUGGGGCCAUAGAGGGGACACACUUUACUGGUGUUGUCCAUGAAUGAGACUAACGCGAGGGCUUCUUCAGAUCUGCUCACCCCAGGCUGGCGACCUCUGAGUGGGUCACGAAGAACUUCAGAGGAGAAGAGAAGAUUAUCUUGGUUGACUUUGCUUCUGCUCACGCCGAUGUCAAUGUAGUUUUACGACUUUAUUAUACUGUGGGUGCCCUUUGAAUUUUUAUAUAUUCAAGUGGAGCAUUAUAAACUGGUUUGGUUGGAAAGAUUAACCUGUCUCGGCUUAUUCAUGCCCGUCAUGAGUGUACCUGCCCAGCAGAAACCCAACGCCAAAAGAACAGGAAAACGCAUCACGUUUUUCAACGAACAAAGCGUAGCAAUGAAGGAGACCUCUCAGCACCCCGAGGGGUCAUACUAUGUCCCAGGAGGCACUGCCUCUGAUCCUGGACAAAGCGAGGCUGCAAGUACUGUGACCUCCAAUCCAGAGGGUCCUCACAUGUACCUCAACUCUGUCAUAUUCAGCCCAGAUAAGGGUGAUCAGAGUAGGGGACAUUAUCAGCAAACUGUACCUAUGAAGUGGGCCCACCAGGAGCCCAGUCAGCAGCAGCCAUCUCUGUCCCAGCAGCAGAGAGCUGCAACCUGGAAUACCAUGACAAACUGGGGACAAAACAUUGCUAGUUACAUUGGUGGAGUUAAUGUAACUGACUCAAGGACUCCGAAUGCAUUUGCAAAGCCAAUGCAUGAGACUUCUGGCUUGCAGCCUCAUCAACAGCUCCCUAACAGAGCUGCAGACAAGCUGUCUAACCCUGCAGUUGAAGCAUACAGGGAUGUGGUGAAGGCCCGGGGACUGGAUUGGGAGCAGCAGCAGCAGUCCCAGGCCUUCCAGGAGACUUUGAAGCCCGGGGCGCUGAAUGCCCAGCAACACAGCACAUCCCACCAAGGAGGAAGCUCAGUAUUACAGCCCUUCCAGUUGGCCUUUGGUCAACCCAAGCAGCACCUGCCAGCCUACUACCAGAGCUUUCAAGGCAACAGGACGACCCUACCCAACCCACCUAUCUAUUCGACACAAGCAAAACCCCAACACCAGUUGCAGCAGCUGCAGAAGCAAGAGCAAAUACAACGCCAGCAGCAGCAACAUCACAUAAUUCAGCAGCAAAUUCAGCAGCAGCAGCAGCAGCAGCACCAUCAACAAAUGCAGCAACAACAAAUCAUUCAACAUCAACAGCAUGUACAACAGCUACAGCAGCAGCAACAAAUACAGCACGAGCAGCAGCAACAAAAGAUACAGCAACAGCAACAACAGCAGCAGCAGCAACAGCUCCAAAUUCAGCAGCAAAUGCAACAUCAGCAGUUGCAACAACAAAACCCUCAUGUGCUUGACUAUUACCCCGCUGCACAAAAUGCACACCCUCACCCACAUCCACAGCCGGUGGUGGUACACUCCCAGGAGUCAUCUGCUCCAGCUCCCCCAAAGAUCCAGGAGCCAAUCAUCCAGGACAUCACCCCAGAACCCCAGCAGUCGUCAGACCCACUUCAGCCCCCUAUCCUCCAGCCUGAACCCCUGUCCCAGUCGCAGCCUCAGACACAACUCCAAUCCCAGACACAGUUACGCAGAUCUCGACGGCUCUCCAAGGAAGGUGGAGCACCAUCCGACAACCCCUUUCUCACUGUCUCUUCAGAUCAAGUUGCCCCGGGCCCGCAGGGCUCUCAGAACGGGGCCCGUGACAUCCAGGCAGCCCCGACCGGCGUCAUCCAGAGCACACGCAGGAAACGCAGGGUGUCCCAGGAGGUCAACCUGGAGACCCUUGCUCAGAAGGCCUCGGAAAUGGAGUCUCUGCCAUCUCAUGACCCCCACAGGCCGUGGAGUCCCACUGACUCAGAGGGUCUGAAUCCCAAGCGACCUCGAGACGACAGCCUCCUUCCGCUUGUCAUCCCGGUGUCUGUUCCUGUGCGACGGCAGGAUCCGUCCUCUCCUGACAGAGAUGAAGCAACCCUGGCCUCCAACUGGCCCCCAAGACCUUCGAAUCCCCAGGAAAUCGGCCGCGCUGACCACAAACCCUCGGUCAUAGUCACCCGGAGACGCUCACUCAGGAACUCCUUGUCGGAGAGCUCAGAGCAGAAUGGAGGACCUGAUGGGGAAAAGGACGAUGACGGGAAAAAGUCCAAACGGCGCCCCCGGCCCGAGCCUCUUUUCAUCCCGCCGCCCAAACCUGGACUAUUCAUCGCCCCUCCCGUCUACUCCAGCAUCACAAACUACCAGAGCCACCUGCGUUCCCCCGUCCGGCUCGUUGACAACCCUCUCACCAUGCCCCCUUACACUCCCCCGCCAAUCCUCAGCCCUGUCCGUGAGGGCUCGGGCCUGUACUUCUCCACCUUCCUGUCUUCGGCUGCAGCUGCAGCCAGCGGGCAGGGCCUGCCUCCUCCUGCAACGCCCAAGUCCGCAACACGCAGCCUGUUGCGCUCCAACAGCUGCGACAUCACACCGCCAGUUUUGUCUGCUAUGAGCGAGGCCACUCCAGUCAGCAUAGAGCCACGGAUAAAUAUUGGGUCGCGGUACCAGGCGGAGGUACCAGAACUGAGGCAGAGAUCAGCUGUUGAGCUGGAUCACCAUCGAGCAGAGCUGGUCUGGGUUCCACUGACUGAACUGGAGGAAAAACCCGACUUUCAGGGCAAAGUGGAAGACCUCAUGCACCUGGCCUGCUCCAGUGUGUUCUGUGGAGGAGGCACCAACCAGGAGCUGGCCCACCAUUGUUUGCACGAGUGCAAGGGCGACAUAAUGGCCGCGCUGUCACUCCUGAUGCUGAGGAAUCCAAUUUUCCACAAGUCUCAUCAUCUGGCGAACUACCACUACUCAGGAUCAGACAACUGGACCGCAGCAGAGAGACGCCAAUUCAACAAAGGCAUCGCUGCGUACAAGAAGGACUUCUUCAUGGUGCAGAAGCAGGUGAUCACCAAGUCGGUGGCGCAGUGUGUGGAGUUUUAUUACACCCACAAGAAGCACGUCAAGAUCGGCCGCAACGGUACGUUGAUCUACGGCGAGGCGGAGCCCCUCGAGAGCCGGACCACCGAGGAGGAGACGGACCACAAGGGCUCUCACAGGUUGGAGCCACAGAGGGAGGAGGACAGCCGGAAGUGGGAAGGGUCAGCUGACAGGAAACAGGAAGUCGGCCCCACCAGGGUGUCGCACACGCUGCAGUCCUCUGAGAACCCGGGGACUGUCCUGAUCAUGAAGGGCCAGGAGGACGCGGGGAGGGAGCGGCCGCUGUCCCGGGUCAUCCACCCGCCUCACCCGCCCCCGCCCAGCGCCAAGUCGAGCUACGACGGCAGCGCGCGCAAGACCAGCCCGCCGACGGGCAACAAAGGCGCAGCUGGUCAGGAGGGAGAGUUCCCCUGCAAGAAAUGUGGCAGGGUUUUCUACAAGGUUAAGAGCCGCAGCGCCCACAUGAAGAGCCACGCGGAGCAGGAGAAGAAGGCGGCAGCGCUGCGCCUGAAGGAGGCCGAGGAACGAGCGGCGGCAAAAGCCGCAGCCGAGGCCGCCGCCCUGCUCGCUGCGCGGCAGCAGAACGGGACGCGGCAGAUGGGUGGGGACAGCACCAACGACGACUCGUCCGACGGGGAGGACGACGACGACGAGGACUGGCAGUGAGAGGAGGGCGGCGCGCACUGACUGCACCGAGCGGCGUGGCUCGCUCGCUCUCUGGGAUCGGAGGAGGAGAGUUGAUUCAAUCUAAAAAACACAAAACAAAAAGAGGAAUCCCUCCUGUGAACUUUGUGCACAUUUCGUGGAACAAGAAGACUUCCGUUGCUCGGCACAUUCAGGGACAGAUUUACUCCCGUGUAUGUGUUUGUGAAUGUGUGGACUGAGUGUGUGUGUGUGUGUGUUUGUGUGUGUGUGUGUGUGUGUGUGUGUGUGUGUGUGUGCGCUUUCCAGAACUCACCAACGGCCCUUUACUCUGCUUGAAAAGCUUUUCAAGAGUUACCUCUCAUGGUCACAGGGCUCUGUCAAAUCAAAGCCAUGUCGCCUCUCUCGGCUCUGCCCCGCUCUCCACGCCAGGCCCCUCCUCAGCACUUCUCCCCGCGCCCUCUGUCAGAAGCAGACCUCCCUUUUUUUUGUUUUUUUCCUUUUUGUUUUCUCGCCCUCGAUGAGCCACGGCACGUGCUCGCUCAAGCUGCGACGCGAACACUGAAUUCGGACAGCUUGGGGGGAGCGCGGCGAGGUGAACGAACAGAGGGGAUGUGCUGUUAGCUUCUCUGCCGAUGGACGGACGGACGGGUGGCGUGUGCAAACUGUUGCCUGUUGUUUCGCCGCUCUUCUGCACUCAAGGCUGCCAAAAGCUUUUUCUCAGACGCAUGUUGUGCACCAAAUGGGUUCCUUCUCUCCCUCUCUCUGUGAGCGUUGUUCAUUUGGGCUUUAGUUCUGUGAAUCCCCUCCUUCAGCCCCCUCGUCACUUUUUUUUUUUUUUUUUUUAAUAGUUCCCAGUGUGUUCCUCACUGUUGAUGCCUUGGAUGUUUUUUGAUGCUUUUUACCUUGAAAUGACAAUCAAUUUCACACUGUUGUUGUUUUGUUUUCCUUUCUUUUUAUAAAUAUAUAUAUACAGGUAAACGUUACUUUUUCUGCCUGUGUAGCUAUAUAUGGUUAUUGUUGAUGUUUUUUGUGAAUAUUCUCGUUAUUGGUUAUUAUUAUUAAUAUUAUUAUUAUUAUUAUUAUUAUAUCCUGGUUUUGGCUGCAGUUUAAUUGAGCGCUUUUUUCUGUACUUGUCCAUAGCUUCUUCAUUUUUUGUUUUUUUUUGUUUUUUUUUAAUUUAAACACAAACAAAAAUAGUGCUACUUGCUGCCUGUUGAUAACUGUGAGAUUUUUUUUUUUUUUUUAAAUGUUUUUUUUUUUUCGGAAGCCAGAAAUGAAGAAAAGGCAGAAACGUAUGUGCAAUAGAACAAGUUGACCCCCCUCCUGUUUACCAGAGCGUCGCAGCCCUCCCUCCCUCCCUCCUGACUGACUGACUGCUCUGGAUGCCUCUCUGUCAACCCUGUAACUGAUAGGAGGCACCGACUCUUGACUGUUGAAACCGCAGCUCUCUGUAGAUACACAUAACGAACCCGGGAAAGACAACAAACAGCACAAAUUCUGGAAACGGAUAUCGGCGUUUUAUGACGCGCCUGCCCCCCUGAAACUUUAGCCAAGAGUUCACUCUCGCUCCCUUAAACACAGUAAAUAAUUCCCUGAUGCAGUCUGGGUUAAAGGCAACACUCUUUACUUUAGACCGAACUUUACCCAAAAGACUUUGAAUGCUAACAUGAGACAUAUUUCCUUUUUUUUUUUGUCUUUUGGAGCACACGCUCCUCUACGUAAGACAUUCGAGAGCUUCCUCUUUUUUUUUGUCUUUUCCUCACACAUAAACACGUUGGAUAAUUAUUUCCUCUCGUCAAUAAACAGGUCAUUCCUCUCUGCAAAACCAUACCUAAAUCAAAUUUAGCAGGUUUUUACAUUACACUAUCCUCGUUCUCCAGAUAACAGUGCAUAAUUUGCUGAUACAAACAGUUAUUAAAGGAAGAGGAAGCGUACUUUACUGUAAACGAAACCCGACCCACAUUUCUGCAGGUUCUCAACAGAAGAAAUCCGCAGGUUGAAAAUUAGACAUUCAUUUGCUGUUUCUUCUGUUUACUUGUUACGCCUCCCACAGAUCUUUUUAUUUAUUUAUUUUUUUGCCGGAAAUAGAUGACUCUCGUGCUCUAAGAGGAGCAGACGCGCUCUUUCCUGUGAACUGUACUUGACCCAGAUUUUGAAAGGUUCGAACAGGAGCUUUCGAACGCCGACACGAGACUCCUCAGGAGGAGAUCUGUUACGAAUGCAUAACAUGUAUCAGUAAAUUAUUAACUGCCAGUAAACAGGCCGUAAGCGUUCUUCUGUAAACCAGACUCAAUUCUCAAUUUUGCAUGUUUUGUUUUUUGUUUUGUUUUUACAAGAGAUUCUAAAAUUCUCCGAUCAGACUCAUAUUUCUUCACGUUAAACUUCCCUGUUUGUUGAUAUCCAGUGACUGUAAAUGUGAAACUUGCUCUCAGAUUCUCCCUUUGCCGGCAUGCAGAAGCGUCUCAAACCAUGUUCAGGUCGUCGUGACACACCGACUCGCUCAGCUGAUACCGUCAGGAUCUGGGUCAGCAGUAGAUGAAGGGGGCAGGCAGAGCAACACAGCUCACAUAUGCAUCGGGGGGAAAAAAACUGUUCAAUAAUGUGACGAAAAACUGUUCAAAUAUAGUCAAUUUUGUACGCAGAUAAAAUUGAAGGUGGUUGUUUCACCCCCGACACGUGUAUCUACCGUUGACUUGUUUCUGUUUACCUUGUUGCUGAUAGCGGGCACUGAUUUGGACUAUGGAAACGGCGAUGUUUUGAUCCGUCUAUCUCUACGUAUCUCAAUGUUAAGCCCUUUCGGCCCGGAGCCAGCUUCUGUUGCCACAGCAACAAAUGGGUUAAAGGGUUAUUUUCCUUUAAAGGACAAACCACAGUGGGGAGUUGGGGGAGCGGGCAGAAAACGGCUCCAGUUACCAGUUACUCCACAAGUUAAUCCUGGGUCUAUGCACAGACUGUGUGUGUGAGAGAGAGAGUGUGUGUGUGUGUGUGUGUGUGUGUGUGUGUGUGUGUGUGUGUGUGUGUGUGUGUGUGUGUGUGUGUGUGUGUGUGUGGAAAUACUGUUAAAAGUGUGUGUGAGAGUGCUUUGAGGUCAAAUGUUAAACUGUACCGCCAGUCAGUGAGAAAAAAAACAAACACGUUUUUUGCAGACUGUUCACAUGUUUGGUAUGUUAAUUUAUAUUUUUAUUUAGGCUUGUCUUGAGGUUCUCACGGAGGGUAAAUUUAUUGUCCACAGAAAAAAAAAGUGUUUUCAAGCUGUUUUAAAAAGAAAAAAGAAUUAGCGAUGAAAUCGAGGCCACGACACACAAACACACAGCUGUAAAACUCUCCUCAUUUCAUCCAGUCGGUUAAGGGAAAUUUUAAAGGGGACAAAAAAAUGGUUUAUUUAGCUAAAGAUUAGAAGAUAUAUAUGAAUGAAAUUCUAUGUUUGCAUACUUUCUAUGCUAUUUUCAUAUGGGGUUCACACUAAUGUUGAAAACGGAAAGGAAUCUCAAGUGCUUUUUACUACAGUGUAACUUAUUUGUUCAAUUUGAUUUUUACCACCUGUGUUUUUAGUAAUGAUUUAUGAAGCACUGUAUAUUAAAGUUUUAAAAUAUU